AUGAGAGAAAUACUCUACAUCCAAGCUGGUUCCUUCGCGAACUACACUGGCACCCAUUUCUGGAAUACCCAAGAAGAAUAUUUCACUUACGAUGAUGAGACGGAGCCCUUAGUGAACCAUGAUAUCUCGUUUAGAGAAGGCAUUGAUCAGCGUGGGAAUCAGACGUAUUGCCCUCGAUUACUCAUGUUUGACGUCCGGGGAAAUUUCGGCUCUCUUUCUGCGGCGAAAUCUCUCUACAGUUAUGAGGAUCAAUCCGUUGAUAACUCAUCGCAGGCCGAAGAGUCUAUCUGGGACGGCGAUAUACUUGCCUAUAAACAAGAGCCUAUCUCCUCAACCCAGCCAACGAAACACGAUGCACCUGUAGUCCGUAGUUCUUCCGAGGCCCGUAUUGAUAACGAGGUUGAAGACGCUCUCGACGGACUCAAGGAAUCCCUUUCGAAGGUCUCCUUCUGGUCCGACUUUGCCAGGGUGUCCUACAUACCGAGAAGCAUACAAAAGAUUCCAGAGUCGCCAGACUGGGACCAUUUGAAUGGUAAUUGGGAUGUAGGGCGCAGAACAUUCUUCCAAUACAAUGAGGAAACGGACCUUAUGGACGGCGCGGUCAGGCGCUCCCUUGAAGAAUGUGACUCGCCCCAGGGUAUCCAAAUCAUCGAAGAUACUUUGACGUUUGGAUCUUUUAUCGAUUCGUUCAUCAAUUCUUUCCGCGAUGAGUUUUCCAGGCUGCCAAUUCUCUCGUUUCCACUCUUAUCUCAAUCGAUACCGACGCGCUCUGGGACAGAAGGCACACAACUCAGAGAUCUGAAGGUCAUAAUCAACGACGCGUUGGUUCUUCGAACAUACAACGACAUGGAUUCUGCUUUGGCGGUGCCCAUUAGCCCAUCGGCUGCUUGGACUUUCCCAAAGACAGCGGACAAACCUACGGUGGAUAUUUAUUCUGCGUCAGCUAUCUUAUGUAGCCAUCUCGAAAGUUCUACCUUACCUCUACGGUUAGUCAUCAGCAUUACCCCACUCGAACCGUCCAUAUGGAAGUUUACGUUGAUUAGACUUAGGAAUCGAUCGACUUCACUCUCCUUGACCAGCCUGCUGGCGCAGCUGGGUUGGCGUGGCAUUAAUAGAUUCAGCCACCUCUCUGGCGCCUUUCUAUCGAAAACUACCGAACGUUUUGACGUAUCUUUGUCCGUUUCUGAUUUCUCUUUGCCAGCGAACAAGUCUCCGCGUGCCACGCUAUUCGCGAUCUCAGACGUGACGCGGGGACUUACUUCAGAAGAGCUGCUAGCUUACGACAAGUGGCGCUCUCAGGCCCCUUCGUCUUUCUCCCCUGGUACCAGUUUCCAUGCCCCAAGCUACCCGUCCAGUGAAGGGUUGCUGUCAAUGGGGGUACCGACGGGACCUUCGUCCCAGACCCCUUUGCAAGCGGACAAUUGCCCAGGCCGGCUGUUCACACGUCUGACCACCACAACUGAGACCGCGGCGAUGUUCGAUGCCUAUGCCAGCCUGAUUCAUAAUGAAAUCACCCGCAAACCCGGGCUUGUGGUUCAAAGCAGUGGCCUCGAUCUCGACGAACUCAAGGAAUUGGUCGGCGAUCUCUGGACGAUACACGAUAACUAUCAUGACGAGACAUUAAAUUAUGAAAGUCUUGAUGAUGAGGAAUAG